GGUUUAUACUACAGCCAUUAUUUAAAACUCGUGUUUAAAAACGUUACACGUCCAAAAACAUAGUCGUGCACAAUUCGAAAAAUAUCGUGUAGUCUUCCAGGUUCUACAAAAUGGUUGAAUGUUUUUUGUCCUUCGUCGUCUUGACGCUUCCGUGUUGAGGCUUUCCUGCGUUUCCGCCGCCAUUGCGGGUUUCAGGACUUCAGCUUUGGGUCCGCUGAUUUCCGUCUCAAGCAGUGCAGGAGAAAAAUCAGUCAUCCCUGAGACAGGAUCGGCGCUGUUCGUGUAACACCUCGAAACAACCUUCAUCACUUCAAGCUUUUACAUCUUCCCUGUUCGGCAGUCUCUUUUCUUUUUUUAAUUUAGUGGCAUUUGAUUGCGGUGCCCGUGCAGGAAGGAGGUCGUAGUGAGUAGCUAGCUUAGCUAUCUGGCCGGGAGAGCAGAAACCUAACCAUGGCUCAGAUCUUGCCUAUUCGCUUUCAGGAGCACCUGCAGCUCCAGAACCUGGGCGUUAACCCGGCAAACAUCGGGUUCAGCACUCUGACUAUGGAGUCAGACAAGUUCAUCUGCGUGAGGGAAAAGGUCGGAGAGCAAGCACAGGUGGUCAUCAUCGACCUGAGCGAUCCCAAUUCGCCCAUCCGCAGGCCCAUCUCCGCAGAUAGUGCAAUCAUGAAUCCAGCCAGCAAAGUGAUUGCUCUUAAAGCUGCGAAAACCCUCCAGAUUUUCAACAUUGAGAUGAAGAGCAAGAUGAAAGCGCACACCAUGACUGACGAUGUGACAUUCUGGAAGUGGAUCUCCCUCAACACCGUAGCACUAGUAACAGACAAUGCAGUCUACCACUGGAGCAUGGAAGGCGAUUCCCAGCCUGUUAAAGUGUUCGACCGGCAUUCCAGCUUAGCAGGCUGCCAAAUUAUAAACUACCGCACUGACGCCAAACAGAAAUGGCUCCUUCUUAUUGGGAUUUCCGCACAGCAAAACCGUGUGGUCGGAGCCAUGCAGCUGUACUCUGUGGACAGAAAGGUGUCACAGCCUAUUGAAGGCCAUGCUGCAGGCUUUGCUCAGUUCAAAAUGGAGGGAAAUGCUGAAGAAUCCACACUGUUUUGCUUUGCUGUUCGUGGUCAAGCUGGAGGAAAGCUCCACAUUAUCGAAGUCGGAACUCCUCCAUCUGGAAAUCAGCCUUUCCCGAAGAAAGCCGUAGAUGUGUUCUUUCCACCAGAAGCCCAAAACGACUUCCCUGUUGCUAUGCAGAUCAGCUCCAAACAUGAUGUAGUCUUUCUCAUCACCAAAUAUGGCUACAUCCACCUGUAUGACCUUGAAACUGGCACUUGCAUCUACAUGAACAGGAUCAGCGGGGAGACCAUUUUUGUCACCGCUCCUCAUGAGGCUACUUCUGGCAUCAUUGGUGUUAACAGGAAGGGACAGGUUCUGUCAGUGUGCGUAGAGGAAGAGAACAUCAUCCCCUACAUCACCAAUGUCCUGCAGAACCCUGAUCUGGCACUGCGCAUGGCCGUACGCAACAACUUGGCUGGCGCAGAGGAGCUCUUUGCACGCAAGUUCAACAAUUUGUUUGCAGGGGGCAACUACUCCGAGGCAGCCAAGGUUGCCGCCAAUGCACCAAAGGGUAUUUUGCGCACCCCAGACACCAUUCGGCGUUUCCAGAGUGUUCCUGCCCAACCAGGCCAAACCUCUCCUCUGCUUCAGUACUUUGGCAUCCUGCUGGAUCAGGGCCAGCUGAACAAGUUUGAGUCCCUGGAGCUGUGUAGGCCUGUACUGCAGCAGGGCCGCAAGCAGCUGCUGGAGAAAUGGCUGAAGGAAGAUAAGCUGGAGUGCUCUGAAGAGCUGGGUGAUUUGGUGAAAUCUGUGGACCCAACUCUCGCUCUCAGUGUGUAUCUGAGAGCAAAUGUCCCUAAUAAAGUCAUUCAGUGUUUUGCUGAGACUGGCCAGUUCCAGAAAAUUGUACUGUAUGCAAAGAAGGUCGGUUACACUCCAGACUGGAUCUUUCUGCUUCGAAACGUGAUGCGCAUCAGUCCAGAGCAAGGCCUGCAGUUCUCCCAGAUGCUUGUGCAGGACGAGGAACCACUGGCUGACAUUACCCAGAUUGUGGAUGUGUUCAUGGAGUACAACCUGAUUCAGCAGUGCACUUCCUUCCUGCUGGAUGCUCUAAAGAACAACCGACCCACUGAAGGUCCACUGCAGACGCGGCUGCUGGAAAUGAACUUGAUGCAUGCGCCACAGGUUGCUGAUGCUAUUUUGGGAAAUCAGAUGUUCACUCACUAUGACCGAGCUCAUGUUGCCCAGCUAUGUGAGAAAGCCGGACUGCUUCAAAGAGCCCUUGAACACUACACUGACCUGUAUGACAUCAAACGUGCUGUGGUACACACCCACCUGCUCAACCCUGAGUGGCUAGUGAACUUUUUUGGUUCACUGUCAGUGGAGGACUCCCUGGAGUGCCUGAGAGCCAUGCUCUCGGCCAACAUACGCCAAAACCUGCAGAUCUGCGUCCAGGUUGCAUCCAAAUAUCAUGAGCAGCUCACCACCCAGUCCCUCACCGAGCUCUUUGAAUCUUUUAAGAGCUUUGAAGGUCUGUUCUAUUUCCUUGGCUCUAUUGUGAACUUCAGUCAGGACCCAGAAGUCCAUUUUAAGUACAUUCAGGCAGCCUGUAAAACUGGACAGAUUAAAGAGGUGGAGAGAAUCUGCAGAGAAAGUAACUGCUAUGAUGCUGAGCGUGUGAAGAAUUUUCUUAAGGAAGCUAAACUGACUGAUCAGCUGCCUCUUAUCAUCGUGUGCGACCGCUUUGACUUUGUCCAUGACCUAGUCCUUUAUCUGUAUCGCAACAACUUGCAAAAGUAUAUUGAGAUUUACGUGCAGAAGGUCAAUCCCAGCCGCUUGCCUGUAGUGAUUGGUGGGCUGUUGGAUGUGGACUGCUCAGAGGACGUCAUUAAGAACCUGAUCCUGGUUGUCCGAGGACAGUUUUCCACCGAUGAGUUGGUGGCUGAGGUGGAAAAGCGGAAUAGACUGAAGCUGCUGCUGCCCUGGCUGGAGGCUCGUAUUCAUGAGGGCUGUGAAGAACCAGCUACGCACAAUGCCCUGGCUAAAAUCUACAUUGACAGCAACAACAACCCUGAACGAUUCCUCAGAGAGAACCCGUACUACGACAGCCGUGUGGUUGGCAAGUACUGCGAAAAGCGGGAUCCCCAUCUGGCUUGUGUGGCUUACGAGAGAGGACAAUGUGACCAAGAGCUUAUUAAUGUAUGCAAUGAAAACUCCCUUUUCAAGAGUCUGUCUCGAUAUUUGGUGCGUCGUAAAGACCCUGAACUAUGGGCCAGUGUUCUCCUGGAAAGCAAUCCCUACAGAAGGCCACUGAUUGACCAGGUUGUGCAGACUGCACUGUCUGAGACCCAGGACCCAGAAGAGGUGUCUGUUACAGUCAAAGCCUUCAUGACUGCUGAUCUGCCUAAUGAGCUGAUUGAGCUUCUUGAGAAGAUUGUUUUGGAUAACUCUGUUUUCAGCGAGCACAGGAACCUGCAGAACCUUCUCAUUUUGACUGCCAUCAAAGCUGAUCGCUCACGCGUAAUGGAGUACAUCAACCGUUUGGACAACUACGAUGCCCCUGAUAUUGCCAACAUUGCCAUCAGCAACGAGCUCUUUGAAGAGGCUUUUGCCAUCUUCAGGAAGUUUGAUGUCAACACAUCUGCAGUGCAGGUUUUGAUUGAGCACAUCGGCAACCUAGACCGGGCCUAUGAAUUUGCUGAACGCUGCAAUGAACCCGCAGUGUGGAGCCAGUUGGCUAAAGCUCAACUGCAGAAGGGCCUGGUAAAGGAAGCCAUCGAUUCAUACAUUAAGGCCGAUGACCCGUCAGCAUACAUGGAAGUAGGACAUGCUGCAGCUCAAAGUGGAAACUGGGAGGAUUUGGUCAAGUUCUUGCAGAUGGCGCGUAAGAAGGCCCGUGAAUCAUAUGUAGAGACUGAGCUGAUCUUUGCAUUGGCUAAAACAAAUCGCCUGGCUGAACUGGAGGAGUUCAUCAAUGGCCCAAAUAACGCUCACAUCCAGCAAGUUGGUGAUCGAUGCUAUGAUGAGAAGAUGUAUGAGGCAGCUAAGCUACUCUACAACAAUGUGUCCAACUUUGGCCGCCUGGCUUCCACCCUGGUCCACCUGGGAGAAUACCAAGCUGCUGUGGAUGGAGCACGCAAAGCCAACAGCACACGGACUUGGAAAGAAGUCUGUUUUGCUUGCGUAGAUGGGAAGGAAUUCCGUCUGGCACAGAUGUGUGGCUUGCAUAUUGUUGUCCAUGCUGAUGAACUGGAGGAGCUCAUUAACUAUUACCAGGACCGUGGCUAUUUUGAGGAACUGAUAACCAUGUUGGAGGCGGCACUAGGGCUUGAGCGUGCUCACAUGGGCAUGUUCACUGAACUGGCUAUCCUCUAUUCUAAGUUCAAACCACAGAAGAUGAGGGAGCACCUCGAGCUCUUUUGGUCAAGAGUCAAUAUUCCUAAGGUCUUGCGGGCAGCAGAACAGGCUCACCUGUGGGCUGAGCUGGUCUUCCUUUAUGACAAGUAUGAAGAAUACGAUAACGCCAUAAUCACCAUGAUGAACCACCCUGCAGAUGCUUGGAAGGAGAGCCAGUUCAAAGACAUUGUGACCAAGGUGGCUAAUGUGGAAUUGUAUUACAAAGCCAUUCAGUUUUAUUUGGAGUUCAAGCCCCUGUUACUGAAUGAUUUGCUCAUCGUCCUGUCCCCAAGGCUUGAUCACACACGCGCUGUUAACUUCUUCCAAAAGGUUAAGCAGCUGUCUCUGGUUAAACCAUACCUGCGAUCUGUACAAAACCACAACAACAAAUCAGUCAAUGAAGCACUAAACAAUCUCUUCAUAAUUGAGGAAGACUACCAGGCUUUGCGUACAUCCAUUGAUGCCUAUGACAACUUCGAUAACAUAUCACUGGCCCAGAGCUUGGAGAAGCAUGAGCUCAUUGAGUUCAGGAGAAUUGCUGCCUACCUCUUUAAAGGCAACAACCGCUGGAAGCAAAGUGUGGAACUCUGCAAGAAGGAUAAACUCUACAAGGAUGCCAUGCAGUAUGCAUCAGAGUCGAAGGACACAGAGCUAGCUGAGGAGCUGCUGCAGUGGUUCCUGCAGGAGGAGAAGAAGGAGUGCUUUGCCGCUUGCCUCUUCACAUGCUACGACCUCCUGCGGCCCGACGUGGUGCUGGAAACAGCCUGGAGGCACAACAUCAUGGACUUCUCCAUGCCCUACUUCAUCCAGGUCAUGAGGGAGUACCUCAGCAAGGUUGAUAAGCUGGAUGCAUCCGAAUCUUUGAGGAAAGAGGAAGAGCAAGCCACAGAGGCACAACCCAUUGUUUAUGGGACACCCCAGCUGAUGCUCACUGCAGGCCCAAGUGUCGCCGUUCCUCCUCAACAGCCUUACGGCUAUGGCUACGGUGCCCCCGCUGGCUACGCUCAGCCAGCACAGCCCGGCUUCGGCUACGGCAUGUAGAGCCGUCCCAGCGCCUGCGUUUCUCAUCGUCCGUCUCUCCUUCAGUUCCUCCCCCUGCUCAUUGUGCUUUAUUCACAGAAGUGUUGCGAAAAUCAGACUUGUGCAUUUUAAAUGAUUCUCUAUAAAAUGCAUUGAAGGACUUCCUUUUUAUUUGAGUUAUUCAAGAAAGUAAUUCCUUUUUAUGUUACAUUCCAUAUUCAAGCCUACUUAUAUAACAGAUUUUGUGUCCUUAUAUUGAUUUAUUUUUUUCUUCUUUUAUUUUUUAAGUGGGGGAAUUGGUGACGUAUGUACGUGAAAUUUUGACAACAGCAAUUAACCUUAUUAACACAUGUUGUGAAGCAUCUGAUUUGCACUCUAUCAUGAGAGGGGAAAAAAAGAACUAAUGUAGAAUCUCCUAAUUUUGAUGUGCUGUAUGUGAACGCUUAAACUGUCUGUAUAAUGCACUUCAUUAUUGUAUAUUCUGGAAAAAAGUUAAAAAAAAAAAAUUUAAGCAUAUGCAUCCAUUUAGCAACACUAAGUAAUAAUCAGAUAUUCUACACAGGUAUGUAGCUGUAUGGAAUUUUAUGUGCAUACAGACAUAUGAUUAUAGAAAGCAAUUUUAAGUCCUUAACAUGAAGCCGUAUUCAUCGAGUGUGUCAGCAUUGGCCUCCUUUCAUUCACUCCGUGUGUAACAGGCAGAACUCCUGUUGUGUUCUUCUAUACAGUGCUCUUGUGUGAUUUCCAUAAAAAUGAGCAAGGGAUAAAAGAUUAUUCUUCUGACCUCUGUGUGUUUACUCACCAUGCAUCUCCCCUGUAUUUGAGGUUUGUGUAUGCCUGGUGUUGUGAUGUUCUAGCUUACGUUCUAGCUUUGUUUGGAGUGUACAGAAGAACGGAUGUGUCGAGCUGGAUACCAUGCUUGUCCUGAAAGUUUUGUUGCACGCAGUACUUUGUACUCGGAACGAGCAGCUAAUAAAUUUACAGGAUUGUGAACGUUAUUUUGGUGGCUUUGAUUGUAAACUUGCUCACAUUAAAGUUGAAAAAUAAUCUAA